AUGGCCACCUCAAAUUCCCCAACUCUUGCUCCCCCUACCACCAACCUUCCCACAACAGGACCUGCUGUGGCCGGUGCCAAGCCAUCCGUCCCUGCCGGUGCGACCAGCAAACCACCGUCCAAGUCGAAGCCUCGAAAACGAGUCAACACCGCUGAGAAGAGGCAUCAACACAAUGCCAUUGAGCGAGCAAGACGAGAGACUUUGAACAGCAAGUUCAUCCACCUUGCUCGACUCUUGCCUGCGCUUGCCAACUCGAGACGACCUUCCAAGUCCGCUAUCGUCAACAGCUCGAUCACUCAUCUCACCUAUCAACGAGAGCAGCGUCUGCUCGCCGUGCAGCUUCUUCGUCAAUUAUGUGCGGAACGUGAUGCUCUCCUCAGCGAAGUCAACGAAUGGCGUUCUCACAGUGGUUACGCCGCCAAGGACGCUGCUCCCGCUUGGAAUGUCCAAAUGGAAGAACUGGCCUCGGUCGAAAAGGAGGUCUUUGGAACUUUCACCAAUUUUGAAGGUGGAGACGACGAUGACAACGACGACAUGGCCGAUGGUAAUGAUCAAUCCUCUGUCCACGAUAGGUCAAUGACAGACAACAACGCAUCAUCUGCCGUUGAUCCUCUUUCGAUCACCCCUCGAUCUCUGAGUGAAGGUCGUUCUGCCCAGCAGAGCAUGUUUGCGCCACCUCCUCCCGCCCAAGUCGGUCUCAACUGGUCGCAUGACUUUGCAGCCGCCGCGUUGGCUGCUGCUGCUAGUCAGAGUCAAUCUCGUCCACCGAUGCCGUCACAUCUCACUUCAUCGGGACACGCAUCAUCAUUUGCCAACUUCCUCGCUGAACAGAUGGACCGUGCUUCUACCGGUUCGCCCGCCGGAUCUCAAUUCGCACCAACCGUCAUGACUCCCAAUACGACCGGUGAUGCCAACCCGUUCCAGACCCAGACACCCUCGCCGAGGUCCAGCCAAAGCGCCGCCAGUGUCAAUGUCCACGCGGACGAGAGCAAGCCAGUCGGUCAGUCAGUUCCUCAAGGCUGGGCAGCUUCGCAAGCUCUCUUCUUCCAGCAGCAACACCAACAGCAGCUCCAGCGAUUACAGGACCAGCAAAACUUGGCUCACGCCCGUCAGAUCCCUGAUCAGCAAUACGGUGGUGCCUCUUCUUUCCCUCUUUCCGCCUUCAUGAACGGUCAGUCUGGCUCUAGCGCUGCUUCAUCCUUCAAUUCAGCGAGCUCUCUCAGCGGUCAGUUCAACAACCACGCCUUCACUCAGCAGCUGUUCGCGAGCAUGUUCCCCAAUGGCAGUAUUCCUUCGCCACAGCAUGAGCAGAUCAAUCAAUGGCGUAAGAACGCCCUUGGUGCCACGCAACCACAAGCCCAGGGCGGGAGCCAGAUGCUCAGCAACGCACCUUCGGUUGAUGAGCUGAGAAACGCUGUGAGGACCGGUAUGGGCUUAGGCCUCGGGAUGGCCAGUCUUUGGUCUGAUGGACAAAAUAACCCCGUAGAGGGAUUCUAG